AUGCAGUGGACACCGCUGAUCUCGUCGCGUGAUCGCCGGGUGUCUCCGGUUGUGCGGUUUCGCAGUCCUCGUGUGGAGACGGUGGUGCGGCCAAAGGCAGUACUUACAACGCUUACUCUGCUUGGAGUCAUCUAUACGGCCAGCAUCAGCGGUGGCUAUGGUCUUGAAGAGUCCGUCAGGGCUGGCGGCCCGCUGCUGUCCAUCCUCUUUCUCUGCCUCAUCCCGUUUGUGUGGGGCAUUCCCGUAUCGCUGUGCGUGGCGGAACUCUCCUGCGCCAUCCCGUCAAACGCUGGACCGAUCAUGUGGGUCAACUGUGCCUUUCCAUCUUGGAUGACGUUCAUGACGGUGCUGUGGACGACCUUUUUAAAUUUUGUAGACAAUAGCCUGUACCCCGCUGUCUUUGCGGAUUACUGCGCUACGUUGUUUCAUCUCGGCUGGGUGGAAAGCGCACUCCUGAAGAUCGCCUUCCUGUGGACGUGCGCCAUCAUCAACAUCGUCGGCUUCACGCUUGUUGGCAUCUUCAGCGUCAGCAUCAUGCUCAUUACCAUCGUGCCUUUCAUUCUUAUCUUCCUGCUGCAGCUACCGAAGGGCCUCAACUGGACGCGCAUUACUUACAUUCCGGACUACAUCAACUGGGCCGCGUUUCUCCCCGUGGCUGCAUGGAACUUCUCCGGAUUCGACUCUGCCGGCAACGUCGUUGAGGAGGUGCAGAACCCGAACCCGACCUUCAUCCGUGCGCUCAUCCUCAUGAUUAUCGCGGCGCUGGCCACCUACAUCCCACCGAUUCUGGCUGGUGCUUCCGUCGAGGAGCUGGCCAAUGUCCCUUUCGAGCAGUGGGGCGACGGCUUCUGGGUGAAGGUCGGUGAGGCGGUCGGCGGGACCCCGAUGGCGGUGAUGGUCAUGGUCGGUGGCGCCAUCUCGACAAUUGGGCUCAUGACCACCCUUCUGGCGACAACGUCGCGAUCACUCUCGGGAAUGGGAACGCUUAACGCGUUUCCGUCGUUUUUUUCCAAGUGGCUGGAAAAGUACUCAGAGACUUAUAAGACUCCGGUGCACGCCAUCCUCGUCAACACCACUAUCACAUGCACUUUGUCCGUCUCUCUAACCUUUCAAACGCUGGUGCAGAUCGACCAGGUACUCUACGCGUUGCGCCUCAUCGUCAUUCUCUCCUCCUUCCUGAAACUGCGUUUCACACAGCCGCUACUGGAGCGUCCGUACUGGGCGCCCGGCGGCAAGACUGCUGCCGUUCUGUGGGCCGGUGUCCCUAUCACCUUCAGUGUGUUUCUCAUCUUGAUGGCUAUGACAGGUGGACCGCUCAUCUUCUACAGCAGCGUCUUCCUCAUCGCCGGCACGGCUGUUGUCUCCUACGUCACCGUCCGCUUGUUCCGCUCCGAUGGCUUUGAGGGGUCUCUGGUCGAGGAGUACGAAGACGCUGACAGGUCGACAUACGGGACCCUUCUUGAAAUGGAGCUCUCCGAGUGGCACUUCCUUCACCAGAGGCACUCGUUUAUCGACGGCCCACCGCACACCGAUGUCUCUCGCCUUCGCGCGUGA